UCUUGUGCAUCUAAAAGAAUGUUGCAUGUUAUUCAUGCUUGAUAUGCUCCUGCAAUACCACGUGUCUGUUGAUCUGGAAGAAUGCAAACGCAUGUCCUCAACCAACACAAAGGUUUAAACACACAAGAUAAUGCAUCGUCGUAAUUGUUGUCAGUACAUGGAUGUUUAGUACGUAGGCACCGGGGCGGGAGUUGGAGGAAAAAAGCUCCGCCAGUUGCUUCAGUGAUUAUUUCACGGUUCCUAGUUCCCCCGUAGCUCCACCGAUGCCACCUUCCUGAAACCGCUAGCAGGGGAACCACCAUGCAAAUAUACACAAAGCAGCUUAUUUUUUGGAUUGGUUAGCAAUUUCGUAACGAUGCGAUUCUCCUCAAAGCUGUGAAAAGCUCUGCGACAGAGGAUAAUACACGGAGACCGGCCGCUUUCAACGGAUACCCUCGCUGGAAGCUACAAAGAUGCCUGAGGUUCGGGAUCUUUCUGAAGCUUUGCCAGAGAUGCCCAUGGACCCAAUCACUGGAGUUGGUGUAGUAGCCUCAAGAAACAGGGCACCCACUGGAUAUGAUGUGGUCUCGACAACAACAGACGGCCUGGAUGCUGAUCUUUGGAAAGACGGCCUUUUCAAAUCGAAGGUGACACGCUACCUCUGCUUCACCAGAGUCUUCUCUAAAGAAAAUAGCCACUUAGGUAAUGUUCUUGUGGACAUGAAGUUGAUCGAUAUAAAGGACACUCUGCCUGUGGGUUUCAUCCCGAUCCAGGAGACUGUUGACACUCAGGAGCAGGCCUUCAGGAAGAGGCGACUCUGCAUCAAGUUUAUUCCACGGGACUCCACAGAGGCAGCCAUCUGUGACAUCCGCAUCCUGGGACGCUCCAAGCAGGCACCCCCUCAGUACACCUUUAUAGGAGAGCUCAACAACAUGGGAAUCUGGUAUCGCAUGGGGAACGUACCUCGGGCCCAGGACUCCACACUUGCACCAUCCACCAACAACAUCCAGAAUGUGAACUCCUCUUCCAGCUCAGUUCCAGUCGCAGCAGCCUCUAUGCCCAAGCAUAUUUCUAUGACACUCCCAGCCAGCUUCAGAGGGAAGAACACUACCAGACCAGACUAUGAGCACCAGAACUCCAACCUGUAUGCUAUCUCAGCAAUGGAUGGAGUGCCUUUCGUGAUCUCUGAGAAGUUUGCCUGCACCUCAUCAGAUCUGCAGCAGGUGGAUCUGAUGGGUAUUACAAUCAAGUCACUGGCUGAGAUUGAGAAAGAGUAUGAUUACAGUUUCCGCACAGAACACAGCGCAGCAGCUCGCCUCCCUCCCAGUCCAACAAGGACCUCCCUAAGCUCCGAGGCCUGAGGAUCCCUCCUAACCCCUUCCUAACAACACUCUCCCUACAGACACCAUCAGGAGAGACCUGUACACAACUACUGAGGACCUGCCCACAUCAAAGAAAAAAAAAUCACACAAAAAAAAACUUUUCUAACUUCAGGGAGAUGUCCUGGUCUCUAUGUGUUAGUUGUGCUGUUGUUUUUUUAAAGGCAACUGAAAACACUGAAAGACAAGCAGAACACUGAGGGUUAUGCUGGCUGAAACCACUACAUACAGCUUUGAUGAGCUGGCUUUUAAAAUUAGGUGAAAUUGCCAGGUGUUUGAAAAGACAAGUGAAUCUCACUAAUAUGAUUUCAAAAAACAUUUCUUUACUCAAAAAAAACGCAAAAUGUUUUUGCCUGUGAUACACAUAACCAUGUCCCACCUGAAGAACUUGAUAGAGGCAAGAUAAAAGGAUGAAGGGCACCUGUUAGGCCUUUGCUCUCUCACAUGGAAUGAGUCUGAGAGCAACCAUCAUGUUUGCCUGUCACUGGCCCUAGUCACGGCACCAGGAGGGAAUCCCAGUUCAUGGGUUUGAAAUACAAAAGGAAAUGUCAUACUAUGGGAUUUUGUUUUCAAGCUUGUACCGCUUAUUGUGACCGGUAAUGGUUCUCAUUGUUCCUUUGAUAUUACUGUGAUAUUCUAGUGUGGCUGUGAGUGCACUUUGUGUUUGGGGUUUUUCGGUGUGCUUCAUGUCUGUCACUGAUAUUCUGUUAACCACUCAUUCACUGUGUGUACAUGAGCCUGCAGCUUGGCUUACAUACACAACGACCCAGGUCUGGACCCUUCAUGCCACUAUCCUUCUGAUUUUUUUGUCAUCCUGUUUUAGCUUAAACACUUCUCCUUUCAUGUUCGGAUAAUGGAUUUAGCUGUAUGGUGCAACAAAGAAAACAUUACUUAAAUGUCGUUCUCUCAUCCAUCCCAUCCGUUUCUGUUUUUGUCAACACAGCUGUUAAACGUGGGCCGUGUAUGUCAGGCAGAUCUUGUCCCAACUACUGUUAUUGACAGACUUGAUCACUUUUCAACUAAUAACAUCAAAUGAGAGUUACAGAUGUAACCAGGGUUCUAUGAAUUUUAUCCGCUUGCUGUUACACUAGCCUCCACAGCUCUGUGGUCUACAGUUUACUGUCCAUCUUUAGUAUCUACUACAGAUUUUUAUAUUACAAGCAGAAACCUUCAGGAUCAAAACAAAGCUGACCAAGUCAUUUUUUAACAUACAGAAAACUACAGCUCCCACUAAAAUCAUCUGGAGGAUAUGGAAAACUGUUCAGCAAAAACAGAAUGUUAAAUGAACAACAGUAUUAUUGGGUAGUUUUGUUUGUCGUGUGUGUGUGCGUGUGUGCGUGCGUGCGUGCGUGCGUGCGUGCGUGCGUGCGUGCGUGCGUGCGUGCGUGCGUGCGUUUUAAUUACCAUCUAUAUCUUGCCAACUUUUGGUACUUGACCGUUUUUGAUACUCUGCUACAGACAUAUUUUGGUUGGUACAGGGAAAAGGUAUGAAGGUCUGAAACCCAGCUCUGGUUUGCCUAUAUCAGAAGAACUAUUCACUAUUUUGAGUAACCUCUCUAAGUACAGUUCCUAACAAACAGAAAGAUGUUACAAUAGAAAUGUUACAAAUUUUAGAUGAUUCUUUAUGGUGUAUGAACAAAGGCUUUUUUUAUUUGAGCACAUUGCUUACGUGUUGAAAAACUUUUCCUAUGAUGCAUGUUAAUCCUCUGUAAAAAUGGUAGAUUUUUAAUUCUGCUUGUUUUCCCACUACCAUUUAAAACAAACAUGUACACAUAUUUUAGCUUGAGUCUGUUUUAGAAGUUUUAUUUUUGUACCCAUUUAACAUGUGAACUCGCACUCUUAACUGUUCUGAUGAGACUCAUGGGGUUUUGAUGCCAAGAAGGGCUCAGUACUGGGUCUGAGGAGGAGUCUGUGAACCACACUAGCUUUCACUUGUCCACAGUCAGUGUUCACCAGCAACAUAAGCACCCUUAAACAGCAUCUGAUUGAGCCUCUUGGAUAGGGCUUUAGUCAACCCAGUUAAGGUAUGCAACUACCAGUAGUUUGGCAUAGUUGAUGUCUCGUGAUUUGGUUGAGGAGCUGGCUCCAACACCAGCUCCUCAUUGUGGAAAAGUUGUGCGACACGUAAAGUUUACCUCAUACUGACUGUAUCAGGAUAAUCUGGCCUAGUGUUAUCUGGUUAUCCUGAUUGUUAGGCAAAGUACAGAACUAUUAUCUUUGAUUUCAUUUUAUCUGUUAGAGCUCAACCAUACUGGAUUUUUGACAAUAUCCGCAGCUGAUGUUUGUACACAAAGAUCAUUUUACGGUGUAAAAUCCACCUUGUCAGAGCUCCCUGCUGGACUAACUCUAACAGAGACACUGUUUCUAAAUGACCUGAAAAUAUAUAUCGGGACAUUUCUGUACUGACAUUUCAUGUUACCUCCAGGAAGACAUAUGCUGAUACCGAUUUACAAGAUAUGUUCAGAUAGUCCCCAGGCCCUCGUUUUCCUUGCUUUAUAAAUAUGUAUUAUCAGAUUUUGUUUCAGAUAUUUUCAUUUGCUAUUAAUGCAAACACAAACCUUUCUACAUGUUUACGUAGGCUAUUUUGAUAAUUCCAGCACCAAUUUCAUCAGUACAAGAAGAGACAUGCGAUAUUCACCAGUUACUUUUCAACCUCUAUUAAGUCAACACUUCCUGCAGAUGGUUCAGAUUUGAAUUUGAACUACCAAGUGGUACUCUGUUAAGACUACCAGCUGGUAGGCCUUAAUGUGAAUGUUACUCUUCUGUUCGCAACAAAACCUUGUCUGUGGCUUUUCCUUUAUGUUCUGCAGUAUUGUGUUGAGAAGCAGCAAGGAUUUUUGCUCAACAAUUACCCUAUUUUAUUUUGUUUUAAUUGUCUCUUGAAUAUUGCCAAGUCAUAAAUGCAUGGAUUAACUCCUUUUAUUUGAUAUUUUUGUUUAAUUUAUUAAUCAUUUCACCAUGUUCUAAAGGCUCAGAAAUGUAACAUAAGCAAAUUUCAUUCGCAGUGACAUGUUGGAUGGACAUGAAAGUUGAAACAGAGCUCUGUGUAUUGAACUGACUAUCUGCCUGCUCUGUGAUAAUAAGCUCCAUGUGUAUCUUUUUUUUUUCAGCUGUGGUGUUCACAUCCAGCUUGUUCUGUUGAAACAUUUAACAGCAAACUAAUAUGGUGUCUGCAUUAACAAGUAACCAUCCUGCUUUGAUAGGCCUGUUAGUUAGCAUGCAUUGGUGAUAUGAGGUUUCAAUGGGACAAUUAUUUUUAUAGGUUACUGAUCAAAAGUCACAGAUUGUGUCUCAUAAUAGUUUUUAUUCACUAAAGAAUGAACAAAACAUCUGUUGAAUUUGUAUUAUAAGGAAGUUUUAUUAAACUAUGAUGAACUGAAAUCUAAAGCGAUUCUUACAUGUUCACUUUUUUUUAAACAAAAAAAUUACAUUACAUACAUAGAUACAACAACACAACUCUUUUAGCUAGUUUAGCUCAGUUUAUUUCAUUCAUUGAUAAAAGAAAAGAACAAUCCAAUAUAAACACUAAAGGUCACAAAUCUUGAAUGAAAGGGAGCUUUCUGGGUUGUUGGUGGAUUAGUGGGUAGAGCAGGCACCCCAUGUACAAGGCUGUUGCCUCAGCGGCCAGGGUUCAAAUCCAGCCUGUGGCCCUUUGCUGCAUGUCAUCCCCCUCUCUCUCCCCUCUUCAUGCUUACCUGUCCUGUCCGUUAAAAGCAAAAUGCCCCAAAAAAUAUCUUAAAAAAAAAAAAAGAAAGGGAGCUUUCUUCCUCUAGUGGAUCUUGCCAAACUUGGCUGAUAUCUGGAGAAAGACAAACCACUUUUAAAUAGAUAUAAUAGAGCAAUAAAGAAAACACCAACAGCAAUAGACUGUUGAAAUGAGAUAAUCUGAUUAAUAAUAAAUCAUAAGACUAAACCCGUCUUCAUGAACAUACUAUAGUUACAUUUUUUCAAACAGGCAAAUGUUCGGUCCCCAUCACUAACCUGAUGGUACAGUGAGUGUAGAUGAAGAAGUACAAGCAUCUGUCUCUCUCUGAUCUGCCCCUCUUUCUUCUGCCUGUCCCUCAUCUGCGCUUUCUUCUCCUGCGUGACUUUCAGCUGUCCCUCCAAGUAUCUCAACUUCAUGCUGCUUCUCUUCUCUUUCUGUCUACUCUGUCUCUGCAUCAGUACCCAUCUUGUCCACUGCUUACUGUUAUAGUUUGGGGGCAGGGGACAAAAUAGGACAUAAUGUCCCCCUUUGUCUUCAUUUUGAAAACUGAAGAGCAAAAAAUAAUGGGACAGUCAAGCAAAAGAGCACAGCACAUAAUAUCAAGUCAAUACUGUUGCUGUUGGCUUGCUUGAAUUAUAUUGUAAGUUUGCAGUGAUUACUUUACAACUAGGCCUAUAUGUCAAAAAUGAUUAAAUCAUUUCAAUCUUGUUACAUAACACAAAUCAAGCUAAACAUUAAUUCAACAACAUUUCCAGACCAGACGAAGAUCUUGUCUUGUAUUUUCAAUUGUACAAAUAAAUAGUUUGACGUUUCUCACCUUUGUUGUACUAGAAAACUCGGGCCCUUUUCC